AUGGAAGAUUUCAAUGUGACACAAACAUUUGAAAAUGUGAAAAACUAUUUAAACAUACCUUUAGCAUCGGAAAAAUUUUCUAAUAUCUCAAAUCACAGUAUUGUGCGGUAUUUACAAACAACAGAUUGGACUAUACGGAGAAAUUUAUUAGCUGACACUGUUGACGGUCAACCAGUUCAAAAGAAUACCGAUACAGGAUUCAAUGUUCAAUUACCAAAGCAUUUAAAAGACACAAAUUUAGCUCAUUUAGCCUUAUUAAAACAAAAUGAAUACUCUCAGAUUAUUCCUAAAAUCGAAAAUGAAGCAAUGGAAUUCGACAAGCAAACUGUAUUAAUAGAACAACAAUGGACAAAUUUGUGUCAUGUUACCGAGUGUUUACAACAACAACUUAACAUAAAACAAAAUGAAUUAAAAAGACUCGAAGAUAUAUUACAGAUAAAAGAGGAAAUUUUUUGA